UUGCCAGCGGAUUCAAAUGCGCCUGUUCGAUCGGUCAGCUAGUUGUUUAUUUUUAUCGCGUCAAUCGCGACUCUUAGACCUUUGAAGUACUUUUAAAGCCAGAGGCGUUUCUGUUCGCGACGAAUGUCAUAAAUUGGCAAUAUUUCGGCGAAUGGAAUUAUUUGCCCGUGAUUAAGGGGAGUUGUUGCACAACAGCAUACGACAGCGGGUACAACUGCAAAUUUAACUGACCCAGGAUUUGGGAGAUUUGAGGACGGCGUCUGACAGCAACGAAGAGCCUCCCCAGCAGAAUGGAACUUGGAGCAUUUGGUCUUGUAUCAAACGCGUGACUUCUAAUGCCCAAUUUCACCUUGCCGACUGUCGACUAUUCUCAAUAAACUCCCGUCUCGCCUCUCACGUCACUUUCGAGGGUUGUUGAAAUGCUCGCUAUCCCAGGUGCGGCCUGCUGGUGGCGCGCGUUGGGCAAAUGGGGCCUCUCCCCCUCGAAUGAAGGGAGAGGCGUGGCUUGAGGCUGCUGUUUAAAUAGCGCGUGCGUGUUUGUUUCGUGGGAGAGACGCGGCAAUGAUAUCAGACUCCACGCAGAAACGCGGUGGCUUCAAGUGGUCCCCUUUCACAGGGAAGGCGGCCGGGAAGGAGGCGGGGGGCCACAAGCUGAAGCUCAAGUUGCCCAAGAUGUGGGGCGUCAACGCGGCUCACGUCACGCGAAACAGCGCCCCCUCGACGGCCGGACACGCGGAGCCCCGAGAGGCCGAGCCCGCCGCGGAGCCCGCCUCGGCGCCGCCGGUGCCGCUGACCUUCGAGCAACACCUUUCGUCGCUGCGCCUGAGCGAGGCGGGCCGACUGCUGCUGGCCAGAGAGGAGCGCCUUUUCGGGGGCGACGGCGACGGCGAUGGCGGGGGCGGGGGCGGAGGCGGGCGACGGCGCCGGGAGGACGCGGACGCGCUGGCGGCCGACCGGCGGGCCUUGGAGGAGGCGGUGCUGCGGACGCUCAGGAGCUCGUUGGACGCGGCGGACGUCGAGGCCCUGAGGUCGGCAGUGACGUUCGUGCAGCUGGAGGAGGAGCAGGACCGGAUUUGGGAGCGACGCGGGGGCAUGCCGCCGCUGCCGCCGCCGCCCUGGAGGCUCAGGUGCUGGAGGGAAGCGCACGACACGACGCUGCGAAGCCUGGUGGAGGAGCGCAUGGACGCCCCCCCGACGCCCUCCGCCCUGCGCCCGGGGCAGUCGUCCAUCCAGGCCGACGUGCACAGCAUGGGCCGGCGGCUGAGGCGCGACCUCCUGCUGGUGCUGGAGCGCGUGGAGCCGUGCUACCCCGGCCACCUCCGCAUCUGCCAGCAGUACGCCGCCUGGUACCACCGCUGCAUCGGCGCCAGGCUCGGGAAGCUGGCGGACUUCGGACUGGACGACCAGGACUGCACCUUCCUGCUGCGCUGGGUCAACGACUUUUACCCGCGAUUGCUUCAAGAAGUCGAGCUGGCGGGUGAGAUCGGCAGCCCAGCGCUUGAAGGGCUCCUGCCCGAAGAUCUGCUCUCCCCUCUGGAGGAGCAAUACCUCAGCAGACAGCAGAGGGAGCUGAGCACGUACGUGGGACGCAUCCUGGACGAGGCCCGGGAGACGUGGACCGAAGGGGGGCCGCCGCCCAGGGAGGACGGAUGCUUCGCCAGUCCCCUGGCCUACGACAUCAUUCAGAUGGUAAACGGCAUGGUGAGCGCGGCAGAGAAAGUGGUGGGCGACCUGCAGAAGGCUCAGAAUCUGACGUGUCAGCUGCAGGACUUGCUGCACAGGUUCAGGACUUUCCAGGCUGACGUCAUCAAGCGCAACAAAGCGAACAGCGCGGCCUUCGUCAAAGCCAACCUCGGCUGUGUGGCGCAGUUCAGGGACUUCCUGGCGAGCAGGAGCCGCCUGUUCCCGGAGGAAGUUCGCCAAAGCUGCCUGAGCGUGCUGACCGACAUGAAACAAAGCGCACACGAGUACCUGCUCGGCCCCGUGCACAAGAACCUCAAGCCGCACUACCGAAAACUUUGCAGCCAAGAGUGGUUGAAGAAGUCGAGGCUUGACCAGCUGCAGUGCGGCCUGGAGGACGAAAUGCUUCGGCUUCAAGGACCGUCGCGGUCCUGUCACCAGGAGCUGAUCGGUCAGCUGCACCGAGACGUGUCGGUGGAGUACGUCCGCAGGCUUCUGAAGGGAGAGCUCCGGCUGAAGGACAAACAGCAGCAGCAGCAGGCCGCCGACAACGUGGACCGCGACGCCAGCGCUUUGCACGACUUCUUCAUCACACAUGGCUCCAAGGAGGCGUGGCUUCAGGAACUUUUGCUCAUGAUCGCCGAAGUCCUGAAGCUCCAGGAUCUCCCUGCCAUCCAGUUCCAAGUGGCCUCGCUGGCAACGGCUUUCCCCGAUCUCAGUGAGAAGCAUGUGGUGUCUUUGCUGAAGCUGAAGAGCAACCUCACCAGAGAGGACAAGAACAACGUGAAGGCCGUCCUGUCGGAGAUUCCCCCAAAUUCCGCCCAAUCGCAGCCCUUUUUCUCAUUUGUGGUAGUCAAGUAGCCACAGUGCCAAAUAGUGAUCUGCCACGCACUCAAUGUGGUUCUCAAUCCUCUGCGUGUGUGUGGUUUUUUUUUUAUUAUAUGUUAUGAACAUUCAGGAGUUUAUUUUUGUAUCGGUUGAACAUGAACAUUUUGUUUAAUAAAGGGAAUAAUAACAAGUACCGCAUGGUCAAAUUUUAACAAGCUCAACGUUUAGGGCAGAAGUCUUUUUUUAAGGCGCUUUUACCUGCGCAACUGUUAGGGGAUUUAUGGCAGUUUUAUUUGAACAUGCACAACUUUUACAGUUUACCUCAUUUUUACAUGCAGGGUUUUUACAGUAGUUGUAUUUGUUUAACCUGUGCAAGUUUUGCAGGUUUUCCAAGUUUGUG